GACGCUAGUGUUCACGCAUAUCUCUAGUCUACUAUUCAAAGAUCUGAGUCAGCUGUUGACAGGACAAUAACUCUGGAGACCACUGGGGCAAGGAAAGUUAAAACACUUUUGAAGUGGAAACACUUUUUGAGCAGUUUCCUCAGUCUGGAGAUGACCAACGACAGUCAAAGAAUCGAUGACAAACUCAAAGAAGCAAUGCACGACAUUCUGGUGAAUCUGGAGUCAGUCCAGUUCUACCCAAACAACUCAGUUGGUUUCAAGGGAAAACUGCUCUACCUGGUCAUGCUCUGUCUCACUCUCCAGCCGGCGGCCGCCAUGUUGGAAAACUGGAGCGACUGGAAUUUCAAUUCGCGCGUUUCUGCAAUAGACAACCUCACUUAUUGCACGGGUGUGCUAUGCAUGCUCAUUGACAUCUACCUCAUGCCACACAAGACAAAAAUCUUUUCAGACAUCAUCAACUCAGAGUUUACCCUGGACAGAGAAGGGAGAGAGACAGAGGAAGCGACUGAGAAAGGGUGUUGGGAUGCGUAUUCCAAGGAAAAACGCCAACUAGUCCAAGAAAUGACGGACACAGGGUACACUGUUGUCAAAAUGGCUGGAGCUGUAGUGAAAUACUUCUUCAUCGGCCAUUUCAUCAUCCCCAUCUACGGCCUGAUUUCAUAUUUCCUCAAAUCUGACCCUGUAGAAUCUCUGCCACUGCUAUUCAAAUUCUACUCCCCGUUCACCCUAUCACUAACUGCCAAAAACAUUUUCGAAUACAUCCUGAUGUCCAUCUCUCAACUGCUCUAUGUGUACUAUUCGGCCGCCAUUUUGGCAACAGCCAUUUUUCAAAUGCAGAUGAUCUGCUUGUGUCACAUACGUGUCGAGAUGAAACUGUUUCAUUUGAAUGUGAAACUGCUGAACGUGUGUUGCAGGCGAGGUUCCAGUGGAGAAAAUGCGCAAGAUGAUCUGAAGCAGUUGAUGAGACAACUUGUCAGACAUCAUCAAAUCAUAUUCGUGAAAGCAGCAAAGGUGAAUGAAGGUUUCAAGUUCCGUUUGUUCUACUUCAAUAUGUAUAUUUGCCUUCAAGUAUGUCUGGCUAUAUUCAUAUUCUUGAAAGGCGAACAUUUUCAAAAGUUGAAGUUUGGCGUGACCCUGAUAACAAUGAUUCUUGUUGAGUUCUUAUUCAGCGAGGAUGGACAGAAAUUCCAAAAUGAGGGAGAAUCGCUGAGAAGUGCGCUUCACGACUGCGAUUGGAGGGAUAAGCCAAAGUGGUUCACAACAAGCUUACAAAUUCUCAUGAUUCGCAACAAUAGACUACCAAAGAUCGGCCUUUUUAAUGUGUUCACUCUCAACAGAAAUAAUAUGACAGUGGUUGAUGACAAAUUGAAAAAAGCAAUGCAUGAUAUUUUGAAAAACCUAAAACGACUACACUUCUACCCUCCGAAUGCUGUAGCUUCCACAGGAAAACUUCUCCAUCUCAUAAUGCUCUGUCUCAUUGUGCAACCAGCUGUAGCCAUUUUGGAAAACUGGAAUUUUUGGGACUUUGACAAUCAAGUUUCCACCAUAGACAACCUCACAUUCUCCAUUGGUGUACUAAGCAUGCUGAUCGAUAUGCUUUUGAUUCCAACAGACACAGAGAAAUUUAUGAAUGUAAUUGAUUCAGAAUUUAUGCUUCAUAGAAAUAAUGAAUCGUUGAAAAGUGGGGAAAAGUUAGGAGAGAAAAGUCAGCUUGUGAAGGAUAUGACUAGAGAAGGGUAUAACAUGGCGAAAACUACCGAAUCUGUUGUGAAAUAUUUGUUCAUCAGUCAUUUUACAGUCCCUAUUUAUGGGUUGAUCUCAUAUUUACUGGAUUUUGAGAGCGUUGAACAUUUACCACUACUCUUCAAAUUUUAUUCGCCAUUCACCCUGACACUUACUUCAUCGAGCAUUUUCGAAUACCUUUUUUUAUCGGCUCUACAAUUGUUCUAUGUGUAUUACACAUCUAUCCUUGCCAUAGCCAUACUUCAAAUGCAGAUGCUAGCCCUGUUUCAUAUAAGGAUCGAAAUGAAAUUGUUCCAUUUGAACGUGGAGCAGAUCAAUUUGAUUAGUAUUGGAAAAUGUGGUAGUGGUAGCAACAAUCUUGAUGAGAGUGAGGCUGGAGAGAAUUGUUCUGAUUUGGAAAUUGUUUUGAGUGACAUGCUCAAAGAAUUGGCAAAACAGCAUCAAACUAUUUUCAACAAUGUAGAACAAGUGAAUAGUGGUUUUAAAUUUCGUCUGUUCUAUUUCAACAUGUUCAUCUGUCUCCAAGUCUGCUUGGCAAUAUUUAUAUUUUUGAAAGGGAAAAUGUUCCUUAAACUGAAGUAUGGUGUAAUAUUGGUUACAAUUGUCAUUGUUGAGUUUCUAUUCAGUGAGAAUGGACAGAAAUUCCAAGAUGAGGGUGAGGAACUUCGAACAGCUUUAUACACUUGUAAUUGGCAAAAUAAACCCAGAUGGUUCACCAGUACAUUGAAAAUUUUGAUGACUCGCAAUAAUAGAUUGCCAAAAAUCAGUUUAUUCAACGUUUUUACUCUCAACAGAAAUAAUAUGACAGUGGUCAUGCGAGGAGCUUACUCCUACUUCAGCCUGCUCAAUAACUUCUCAAAAUGAAUUUUGAAAGUAAAUAAUUUUUCUAAUCAUCAAUCAGCAGCCAAAGUUGUUCAGCGUCAUGAACUUGAAUUAAAUCCAGUUCGCUUUUUGGUCGUUCGAUUUUUUGCUAGUUCAACUAUUUGAAGAACAUAGUGUCAUCAAAUCUCAAAAUUAUGUUAUUUCAAAGAUUGAUGUUUGUUUAAGAAAUUCAUCUCAUUUGAAUCAUUAUUUGUAAUCAAUUUUCAAUGAAUUCAAAUGAGUUACAAUACCAGUGUAUUCAUUUUUUUGCAUGGCGAUGUUCGAAUGGAUAUUUAUUUAUUCAUACAUUGUUAGAUACAAUAUAAUUCUCAACUAUGAAUGAUUGGGAAAGGAACAACAGGCUUAAAGCCCACAACUGUUCCUUUUCUUAAUGAUCAAUUUAGGAUAUUCUUUAUAUUGUUCAUUUCAUAUAGAAUAAAAAUCCAACUUAUUGUCAGUUCAAAAUAGCUUCUUUUUCGUCUUUUUGAGUGUUGUUGAUCUUCAAUAAUGAUUUGUUGUUAGUGGGUGUAAAGACGACCUACUAUCUAAUAAAAUUUCAUGAUGCUAUUAAAUAUAAAUAUGAUAAAUAAUUUCUUGGCUGGGCGUAAAACAAAACCAUUGAUUCUUAUCAGUGUCCAUAUUUUUUAUUCUGUCAAUGGUAUCAUAUUUCUUCCCAGUAGAGAAAAUUAUUGGAAAGCAAGGCUUAAGAGCUACAGUUAUAAAUAUUUUUUUAGGAAUUUUCCAAGCCAAUCAAUUUUCUUUAGUAGUCUAGCAACCAAUCAUAAUGAGUCUAUCUAGUUCUACAAGCGAAUCUAACUACAUUAUUAUGAUUGGCACGAUUUUAGAAUAUUAUAAAUACGGUACGUGGGUCAAAAUAUUAAUCUGGUUUAUUACAUCAGUUUCUCAAAAACAUUUUUAUGCUUGCCAAAGAUUACAAAGCAUGACUGGCUGAGGGUCAAAACAUAGUGGAGCGGAGAAGUUGGAAAUGAUGCAAGUUUAUUCAAAUGUGUCGGAGCGGAGCGUCAAAGGAAGGGUAGAAAGUAGAAGUAUCGGAGACAUUCAGAAACAUGCAUCAUUUAAACACUCUCAGCUACCUUCCCCUAU